UCAUUCAUCAUUCGAUUAUAUUCUGAAAAAAAGCAGAAUAUUUCCUAUUAAUUUCGGAAAAUUUCUCGCUAUAUAAAUUACGUUGAUGAAAAUUAUUAAAUAAUAUAUGUGAACGCUUACGAAUAGGUUGGAAAAUAAACAGGGGAUUUUCCUCUGAAUCAUCUUUUGUGUUAGCUUCCUGUUCAAAUUACCUAUUUGGAAGAAGUUACCACGCCCAAUUGGAAGAUACAAAACUGGAUCAAGGUAAAUUCGGCGUAACUUCUUUAAAUAUUAAUAUUUUGGACUCACUCCCCUCAUAAGUUUUUUAAAUGAAGAAAUUAGAAAAUUUGUCACGCGGUAGUUGGACACUUUGAUAGAACCUAUGUGAUAGUUAUCAUUAUCAUCAAUUCCAUUUUUUUCCCCUUCUUCCCUUACCCUCGUUAUAUGUGAUUAAUGACCCUACAGAAUUCAUCCUGUAAAAAGCACUGGGCUACUUAACUUGUUCCUACUGUCAAAACUUAUGUGGAAGGUUUAAAAAAAUGGCCGCAUUCAAUUAAAAGUGCUGCCAUCUAUGUAUUAGAGAAGAAAUUGAAAGUGUCGUAUAAGACGUGACAAGGAACCAUCUUUCUGAACAACGCCCACUAACAUGAAGGUAAAGGUCCCGGAUAGGCGCCCCACCCUCUACAACGCAGCGGUAACAAAAUGUGCUAGAUGUAUUAUGGCAACUGCGACCAGGCUAACGGAUGAGGGGAAGAUCGCUCGCCUGUGUAUGCCUUUAUCAUGUACACAGUCACCAUCGAAGCUUUAAGUACACACGAUUAGUUCAUACAGUAUAAGCCUUUGAUGUGAAUAUCCAAGUUAGAUUUUGUGAAGGAUUGAAAAUUGAUUUCCCCCCUCAACUAUUGUAAUGGAAGAGAUUGCUUCAACGGAAAACGAGAGUGAGGAAAGAAAGAAUAAUGAUGAUACAGAGCCCGGAAAUGAGGGGGAUGAUGAUCCUGAACGAGACAGUAACGAUGAUAAGCGAGUGGAAGUUAAAAUCGAGGAUGAUAACGAUGAAGAAAAAGACGAAGAUAAAACCGAAGAAGAAAGGAAUGAAGAUACAGCCGAGGAGGAAAAAGAUGAAGAUAAAGUGAAGGAAGACGAAGAAGAAGAAAAGGAUGAAGACAAAGUCGACGAUGAUGAUGAGGACGACGACGAAGAUAAGGAAGAAGCUAAAGAUGUUCCUGCAUUAAGUUUACUAUCGUGUCCGAGGCCUAGUCUGACUGGUGCUGAUGACGAUGAUGAUGAUGAUGGAGACGAAGAACUGGAAGCUUUUCUUCAAAGAAAUUUUAGCGAAAGAAGACGAAGUAGAUGGGGUCUGAGACGUGGUUCUUCGCCCUUUUUACCGGAAGGUGCUCGAAGACGAUUAUCAUCAUUUACAGUAUCUUCUGGAGACGAAACGGCCAUUUCUAUAGACGAAGGAGAAGUAACAGAAGAAGAGAUUCUCGAAAAUAUCAGAUUACAUAAAGAAUUAAUAGAAUCGAUUCGAUAUCAGCCAUGGAGAAUGAAAAAAAAGUACAAAUCAUUGAGACAAGCGAAGACGUAUGUGAAGAAACACGAAGGAGAAUUGAUGCAGAGCAAAAAGUCUGGAGAUAUCUUCACCAAAUAUACAAUCAUUUUAUCCAGAGGUUGGAACAAGUUUAAGAGAGAGGUUGCUAACUUGAUAGUUAUCCUUACACCAUGGGAAAUGAGAAUAAAAAGAAUAGAAAGUCAAUUCGGUUCGGUUGUUGCAUCGUAUUUCACUUUUCUUCGUUGGGUGUUUUGGGUCAACUUUUUUAUUACUAUUUUUGUCUGUUGUUUUCUCAUGGUUCCUGAGAUCCUAAGAGGUUUUAAUGACGAAACGGGUAUGCGAAAAAUCGCUAAAGAUGACGAAAUGGAAAACGAACCUAAUUUAAAUUCAGUGUGGAAUUUUGAAGGUUAUUUAAAAUACUCUCCGAUUUUCUACGGGUAUUAUGGAAAUCAAGAAAUGACUGACGAGGGAUAUAGAUUGCCAUUAGCAUACUUCCUAACGUCCCUUUGUGUUUACAUCUUCAGCUUUUUUGUCAUUCUCAGGAAAAUGGCAGAAAAUGCCCGCAUGAGUAAGUUAUCGGAGAAGGAAGACGAAUGUACAUUUGCUUGGAAGUUGUUUACUGGUUGGGAUUAUAUGAUCGGAAAUGCUGAAACGGCUUAUAACAAAACAGCGUCACUAGUUAUGGGAUUCAAAGAAUCAAUUUUAGAAGAAAAGGAAAAGAAAAAACAAGAUAAAAACUGGAAGCUGGUAACAUUUCGAGUUAUUGCGAAUUUUCUUGUAUUAAUUUUGUUAACAUCCAGUGCCUAUGCAAUAGUUUUAGUAGUAGAAAGAUCCGAACAACCAGAAGCCAAAGAAGGGAACUGGUGGAGGGAACACGAACUUCAAGUAGUUGUAAGCGGUAUAUCCAUUAUUUUUCCAAAUUUGUUUGAGAUGAUAGGAAUUAUUGAAAAGUAUCAUCCUCGUGUUCAACUCCGUUGGCAAUUAGCCAGAAUUCUAAUACUCAAUCUUCUAAAUUUAUAUACGUUAAUUUUUUCACUUUUCAAUCGUGUUAUAGGAAUGAUAAAAAUAUUAAACGAACUAAAAUCAAAUGUCACACUAACCAUGGAAACAAUGGAUGAAAAAAAAGCAAUUAUUGUUAAUAGUACUACUUUUUAUCAAGAGCCUCCUCUCGAGAGCCGUAACUUAGUGUUAAACCAUUACGAACCAAGCCAUUACGUUCAAGAUCAACAGAGUACAGAUUUUCAAAAUUGUACCUUGCGUAUCAUCCAAAACUGUACUUUAGCACUACUUAACAAAAUACAAACAACAACAUGGUUUACCGUCAACGCUACGGAUUUAUACGACGCUUUUAAUAAUACAUUUCCAUACGGAUUUGAUACUACAACUUAUUCUUAUAACGCUACUGAUGAUAACUCCAACUAUAAAUCUAUGGUUUUGAAUAUUGUUAACUUAACUUCACUCGGUAACUGGAGUUAUUCAGCAGAUACCAAUAUAGGAUUUCAACCUAUCUACAUAGAAAACAAUUCUAAUCCGUUCGAGAUGGGUGAUAGUUUUUGGAAAUUGCCAAUUAACACUAGUCAUCUAGGUUUAGAUGACGAAAACUUUACGGAAACCGUGAAGAAUAUAUUUGAUGAACCUUCCACUUCUACUAAAUUAUCCAUGGAUGAUGUUGCUACGUGGUUGCUGAAUUCUACUAUGUGGAACGGGACAGAAGAAUCACUCAUGACUACGGAAGGGGGAGAUCCCGAUAACUGUACAGUAUUUUUACGAAUUUGUCCAACUUCCAGCGAUACGCUCUCUCCGGAUUUUAAUUUUACUUUUAUUAAUUAUACAACUUUACAACCGAACGUGUCUGAAUGGAUAGAAGUGGAUGGGAAUGCCACCGAUUUGGAUAACGCGACAUUAACGACUCUCGAGACCACCGAAAGUCCCCAUAUUGUUUCAACUAUGUUGUCACCCUGUAAAAAGUGCACCGAUACCAAAGCAUCGAAGCGAGACGAUAUCCCAUCUUUUGAAUCUGUAAGGAAAAUGUCUGACGAAUUCAAAGAAGAAUUAAAAAAGAAUUGCUGGGAGACGAUGUUUGGUCAGGAAUUGGUUAAAUUAACUGUUUCUGAUCUGGUGAUGACAAUUGUGAGUACUUUAGUAACCGACUUUAUCCGUGCUGUUUUUGUACGCUAUGCUAAUCAAUGUUGGUGUUGGGAUCUGGAAAAGGGAUUUCCGGGUUAUGGAGACUUUAAAAUUGCUGAAAAUAUUUUACAUCUUGUAAAUAAUCAAGGAUUAAUCUGGAUGGGCAUGUUUUUCUCACCGGGUCUUCCAGCUAUCAAUACAGUCAAAUUAUGUAUCUUGGUUUAUUUUCGUUGUUGGGUUGUCCUCACUUGCAAUAUUCCCCACGAAACUGUGUUUAAAGCUUCACGUUCUAACAAUUUUUAUUUUGCUCUUUUACUGAUUAUGCUCUUCCUCUGUACUUUGCCUGUGGGAUUUGCUGUUGUGUGGUUAGAUCCUUCGUGGCAUUGUGGACCUUUCAGUGAUUACUAUCGAAUUUAUGGAGUUUUCACUACUUAUUUGGAAUCAGUAUUCCCAAGUUGGCUAAACAAAAUUAUGGAAUAUGUUACUUCUCCGGGUGUUGUUAUACCUCUUUUACUGCUUCUUGUAUUAUGCAUCUAUUAUCUACUUUCUUUGACGGGAUCUCUUCGUGAAGCGAAUAAUGAUCUUAAAUUACAACUUAGAAGAGAAAAAUCUAAUGAAAAGGGGGCUAAAUCGGAAGAAGAGGCUAAAAAGGAAGAGGGGCAGGACCCAACGAAAUGGUCAUCUGCUAAGAAAAUAUUGCCUGUUCUGCCAAAUAAAUUCCGUUCAACUAGCAAUAUACCUGGGGAAGACGAUGAAGAAGAUGAAGAUGAUGAUAAACAAACAGAUUCAAGAAGUAGAAGAGUUCAAUAUUCAGAAGACGAGCAAACUGAAGAACCAAAUGAAAUUCAAACAGAUUCUCAAAGUUCCGAAAAUCAUAAGAAAUCUAUUCCACAAACAAAAAAAAGGACACCAAAGCCAUUACCAAAAUCAGUUGAGAAUCUUAGAAGAGAAGAAAGCGAAGAAAAGAAACGGAAAUCGAGUCGUGGUGCCUCGGGUUCUAUAGGAAGCGGAGAAGUACCAGUUAUAACAAUCAGCCAACCAUCAGAAAGUGGUCUAUCGAACAAAAAAUCUCAAGAAUCUUUAAAUAGUCUGGAUAAGAAAGCGACACCACGACAUGGCAAAUUGAUUAAAAAACACUCGGAACCCGUUACUUUAACACCUUCUCGAGGUAAAAAAGGAAAGAAAAGAAAAGGUGUUAGUUUAGAUGAAACGGUUUCCGAAUCUGAUCUCGGAAACAGCACCGAAAGUAAAACCGAUGAUACCGAAAAUUCUGAUCCUGAAGGGAGUGUGCUCAAUAAUCAAUCAGGCCAACUAAAACGCGAUCGUCGUAAGACUGAACUUAAUCGUUCUCAGAGUAGCAGAUCACACAGUAGUUCACUAGAUACUCCUCCUCUAAUAGAAGAAGAGGAAGACGAAGAAAAUAAUAAAGGUACCCUUCCUCUUGCCGCAAGCAAAGCCAAGUUGCAGAGACAACAGGCAGACUCUGAUAGUUUAGAAUGCUCUGCGAAACCUGUUUGCUUGGAUAUCGAAUCCGGUUCUUCCAAUGGUGCCAAGGAAGCCGAACAACCCAGAGAGGAAGAAAAGAAAGCUAAAAUUCAAAGAUUAAGUACUGACUCGCUUUGAUGGUGCAAACUGAUUUAUGAUCUGGACUUAUCAGUUCGUUCUUCAUUAUCCGUUAUUAAUGAGAUCAUCUGAUUUUACUCAGAUGUCUUCUCGUUAACAAUAGAUAUUUAUUGUUGUCCAUCAUCCAUUACUCCGAAGAUCAACAGGAAAACCUUCAAAUUACAGCUUUUUUAAAAAAAAAAUUCAGUAGAUUUUUCCCUCAUCUCUCCUAUAAAAAAAUGCAGAAAAAAAUACCAGAAAAGAAAGCCGAAAAUGUUGGACAAUUUGAUUGAUUAUCAUUUCGUAUUUUACGAUUUGAACAAUUUACAAGAACAAAAGAAUCUUUUAUGUAGAUAAUUAGAAAAAUGAAAAUUUUAUUAUAUACAAAUAAAAAUAUCUGUUUUAGU